GAUAUUAACAUGUCUUAUCUUUUACUUCCGUCUAGGACUGAUCAUUUGAGAGGACAUUAGAAAAACGUUCAAAAACCGAGAUCAAAUCGUUUACGUCUGGAGUUUCGUUUCUCGCACCGAGUAUUGAAUUAAUGGAAUUCUCUACCAAAACACGUAAUGCCAUCACCUUCUGUUUAUAUAUUCGAAACGAGAUUGGACCUCCACAGUAUUAAAAACUGCAAUGAUUAAUAUAGGUCGAUAGACUUCACAUCUUUAUUAGUGAAGACAGAUUUGUCAAAAUUUCUUCUUUCCUCUUUCAUUUUUAAUAUAUCUAGGCUCCUACACGGAGGCAUCAGUGGUGCAUUACUGCUAGAUACGGAAGCCCAUUAAACGAACGCUUCUUCCAUUCCGUCCAGAACCAUUUGAACCAUUUGCUGAAGAAGAGCAUUUGCGUGGGAGAUUUAUCUUCACAAGGUCGUGCCCAAUGUUGACCCUCAUACUUUCGUUUUUAUUGUCGCCAGUUUCAGCUUUAGAUAUCUCUGGUUACACGCUUGAACAUAGGUUCGGGGAGAAUGGGGUUUUCAGUCAAAUGGAUGGAACUUCGAUCAAAUCAUCAUCUGGAGUUCUAAAUUUAGUUUCCGGGGGUCACGUCUUUUCAACUGAUGAAAAACAACAGUUGCAGGAGUCUGCAAAUGCGGGAUACAUGUAUAGCAUUCGUAUACCUGUUAAAAACGAAGAAUAUAUUGAAGCUUCGAUUCGUUCGUGCCAAAUUAUUGCCUCUAGGAUGAGAUUGAAGCUCACUGUUAGCGUUAAUGACGCUGGGGAUCCAAUUGCAAUACAUAUGAGCACUCCGAAGUAUGAUUGCUCAUAUGACAUUCCUGAGAGUUUUAUGGACCUCCCAGAUUUAUCCAUUAGUUUGGCGUUACAAAAACCAAAAUUAGGACCAAGUCCUGAAACUGCAAAGUAUCUAGAGAAACUCGAGAAGCAACGCGAGGAGAUGGCUCGUGCUGAGCAAAGUGACAAUCGUUCUUUCUUUGCUAAAUAUUGUGUUUAGCACAUCCUCUGUUACUAGAUCCUCUAACGGUGUUCGUUGUUAUUUGUUUCAGAGGAAAGGAACUAAGGCUUUUUAAAUUUUUGAAGAAUGUCACGCAUAAAUUCUGCAUAUCGUCUUGUCAUCCUAUCAAGUACAGAAUCUUAUAUGUAGGUGCACUGUAACUAGAGUCAUUCUGAGCUUUUUUUAUCUACUCUCCACUAUGCUUGGACUAGACAACCUGUCCAACCAUUUGUUCAUGUAUAUAAAUUUGUCAGAGUUUCGCUAUGCUAUGAAUGAAAAAGUAAGCUUCAACAAAGUUAACUGCUGCUUAUCGAAUUCAUGGUCAGAGUAAACGAUAAGCGUGACUGUAGUGACCGAAACAUUUCUACUUCAAUAGUAAGUGGUUGUACUGGAUCUCAGUUGUGCAUUCUGUUGUUUAGGCCGGAACCCAAUUAAAGUCUCAUAAUGAAAAACGUUUAAACUUGACGUACAUCAAUUCCAGUUGCCAUACCACAUUAGCACAGAGUUUCAGUUAUCGAUUCAAAUCCCGUAGUGGAAGAGGUAGUGAUAGGGAACAUUAGGGUUUGAUGAUGUUAUUUAAGGAUUAUCGUCCAGUGGAAUAGAUUUGGAAAAAAAAAAGGACAUGAAGAAUACAGAAGAUUAGAGUUUGAGAGAACACAGAGAGUGGAUGCACCUGCGCCAUUGCAAACGAUUUUGAGCCAUGUCAUUCAAAGUCUCUAACCAUCGGUUGCUAUGAUCUCGCGGUCCCCAACCAAGUAGUCUACAUCUACCAACAUGGCUCAAUCCACUUGUCAGUGACUUCAUGGAUUUGUGCCAUGUUUUGGUCUGGCCGCCCCUAGCUUUCUUCCAACCUACUACACCAGGAAACAUAGCACGUCGGGGCAGUCGGUAGUCCAUAUUAGGUAUGUUAAUUUUAAAAAUUUUUAGUGCUACUGAUCUAGCUCCAUGUAGUCAUCAAUAUAAAGUACCAAUGCUAUGUUUGUUAGUAAGAAACCCUUGUGGAUUACUGCUAAUUAGGAGAAUCAGAUCUUCAGACCUAGACGAUUUGGUUUCGAUUCCUAAAGUUUCUGAAAAUAUCCUCAGAUGCUCAUUUUGAACUGUGAAAUAAAAAAAAUGGAUAGAUAAGUUUGUUUCGUGAUUAGUGAUGCUUGCGUCCACAAAUUAAAGCAGUUCAGAAAACAACCCAAUAUUCACAUUUUUUAAACACCAAAAGAUUUUGGUCGUAGUCGAAAAUGUGUUUUGAUGUAGCAAGUACCUUUACUGUUUAUUGUUUCAAAAAAGUUUCAUCAUCUAGGUUAUUCUUGGCGGAAUCAAUUCACUGUCAUACAUGACUUCUUCGUUUCUAGUCUUUCACUUAUUUAAACUUCGUUUUCACACGUCUUAAGUAACUUUCUCUCUUGAACUUUCUCUGCCUUGCACCUGUAUAGUGGGUGUUGUUUAUAGUGCCCUGCAACAAAGUUUCAAGAUCUCAACUUGCAAUGAGUGCUUGGUUGUUUUCGAGUUUGACUCUAUAUGUACUCAUAUUUUUACUUUAAAUAAAACUAGAAUACUAUAUACCUUCAACUGUCUCAUAUAACGCAAAAAAAUUAAAUCCGAUUUCAAUGCUUCCUGGUUUAUUCUUAAGUCCCGAGUGUAAGUCAUACAAUAGAAUCUACUCCGAUCUACAAAUACAAUGUUCACUGUUUUGUUUUUAUUGAUAGCUAUAGCCUGUUCGAUUAAAACCUACCGAGUGGGGGCCACCUGCUUUAAAACUUACUGUUCCCAUGAUAUAAGGCCUUUUUGGUUCUCGUGAUGCAAGUCAGCAGGAUGGGUAGUCUUUUCAAGUACUUUGACAAAUAUACUGUUAAAACUAAUCAGUUGGUAUUUAUUUGCCAGAUAUCUAUCUCAUUUUUUAAAAUCAAAACUGGUAACAGCAUCGUCCUAUUACAAUUAGAUGCAGCACAUCAAAUCCCAUUAAGAGCAUAUUUACUUGGCUUACCAUUAAUGCAUUGCUUCUACAAAUAGGCACUAGUUGCUUUCACUCUAGACCUUAGUGUAUAUUGGGUAAUGAAGUUGCUAGUCAAGCUACAAAAAAUAACACGAACUACAGAUGCUCAACCAUUAAGCUCGUGCUCACAACCAAAAGCGUCACAAAUUAAGGGUUUAUAGUGUUUACAAUUAAAUUAACCAUAUAAGGACAGAUACCAAUAAUAAACUCCCUUAGCUGAUCUGCUUCUGUCACGCAGCAUAUGGCUUUAUCCCGACAAAUCCGUAAUUUCUCGAAGAUCACGUAUAAUACACGUCUCAGUCAUGACUACAUCGGCUGAACAUAACACGUCCAAUGACCACUCUGGUUCACAGAAUUAAAUCUAAGACUACAAACAUGUUCAAAAGCCGUAUACAAGCUUUGUAUCCAAGUGACGUGUUUACACAGGUUUCAGCAUAAUUAGUUUUCAAAGUUUGAUUAUCCUAAAACCCUUUCAAGUUUUAUCUUUCUGUUAUCGUAUGUGAUGUCUCGUUUAGUCAGCCAUUCCUGUCGAUGUUUCUUUAAAUCCGGGCUAUUAGACUUUAGUUAAUGUACAAAUAUGUUUUGUACAAUUAACUUUUUAUCAUUCUAACACUAUAGUUCACUGCAUUAUGAUUGAACUUCAUCUUAUUAUUCUUUGAUUGUUUGUCGCUAUCUGCUUUACUAUAAAAUAAGUUUGUUGAGUUUAUUAUCUUAAAUAAAUGGAAUACACCCAUUGAAACAUUAAAUAAGAAAGAUUAGUUCAGCGAAGAGUUCUCUUUUUGGCGAAUUCAUUUUCAAAGCUGUGCAAUCGCAAAUAUAUGUACUUAUUUUUACAGGAUGAUAAUAGUACUGAUAAUAAACUUGUUAUACAUGGUGACAGUGAGGUUAAAUAAACAAAAGUAUUUAAAAAAAUUUUAAAACAAGGAAAGUUUGAUAAUCGUUUAAUUGUUAAUGGCUUAAAUAUUUAUCAAAACAUAGAUAGGGAAAUUAUAAUUGGGAAAGGAUGGCUCAGCAUGAUAAGAUAAAAUGUUGAAAUUGAGAUUAAAUGUAAUCAGGAGGAUCGUAGAAACAGAAAUAAACCAGUUGGGGGUAGAUUUAAGGGAAAGGUGGAAGGUGAAGCAGAUGGCUGUAAAGGAACAAGAGAAAAAUUUUAAUACAUUAAGACCAAGGUAGAAGAAAAGGCUGUACCAGUCUCUUCUGCACACAUAAUUCUGGUUUUUCCAGAUGUAUGGUUAUUGCUUCGGCGAUGCAAAGAAGAUGCAGUCUAAUUGCCUUAGGAAGACUUCUACUUACCUUGUAGAUGACUUUGAACGCAGAGUCUGUCUGGAUUGAGUGACCUGUGUUCACAAGGUGUUCCAUUAUAGAACUUCUUACUAAGCCGUUGCCUCCUCUUUUUAGCCACGCUGGACAAUGUUCUUGAAUUCUUUUGGAUAAAGUACGCAUCAAACGACCUAUAUACCUAGCUCUACAUGAGCAGGUAAAUUGGUAAAUACACAUUGAGUUGGUCAGAUGCGAUAAUUUAUCUUUCAGAUUAUUGGUAAACAAUGAUCGGCUGGAGAAUAAUAUUCUCAAUUUUGCUGCGGGGAAUGUUCCUUUUAAAGAAUCCGAAAUUCUUCUUUUUAAGACAUAUGUGGCUCUAUCUCCUUUGAAGUCAAUGUUCAUGUAUAGGGUUUUCUUUUCUACUGUAAUUAUUUGCGUUUUUGGCGUUCUCGACCUCAUGUUCUUAUCAAUCAAUAUCGAAGGAUACUCGUUUUUGAUAAGUAUCUCUUUUAAAAAGCCCAGUUCUUCAUCUAAGACUUCGGGGCUACAGAUUCUUCGUAUUCUUGUAGCAAGUGUUAUUAUUAAGUUUCUUUUUCGGAAACAUCAAACUUUAACCGAACUGAUUUAAGAGAUUUAGUGACAAGGCUUAUAUAUAUUAAAUACUUAAUGUUUUUCACUACUACGUUGUUAUUAAUCUUGAUAAUUUCAAAUCAUUGUGAUAUUGUGUCAUAAUUUGAACCGGUUAACAUGUUUUCCAGAAUUUACGUUGCUUAUGGCUGAUCAAUUAAUAAUUUUUCAGUGUUCCGUUCACUAUAGACUAUCAAAAAUAUGGAUCAAGAUAACUAACAGAUCAUUUCGAGUAAGAUCAAGGUAAAAAAAAUUGCAGACUGAUCGACAUUCUCUAUUAGCUCGGUAAUCUGUAUGUUAUUCAAACGUUAGUAGUUACUCAUUGAUAACCAUUCCAUUCAAUUGUCAUCGAACGAUUAGUUUAAAACAAUUGUAAAUUUAAUAAUGGAAUCAUGAUAAGUGAAGGUUCAUUUUUUUCAUCCAGUUAAAUGAUUGACUAAUAAUUAAUUUACAAUACUUCCUAUUUUUUUUCAUUGAUUCCAGUGGACCUACAUUAUUCCAGCGGUUUUCUUAUUUAUUCUAUUCUCCAGUAUGCAAGAUCCUAAUGCAGCUGGAGGAAAUAUUGGAGGUGGUAAUCAACAGUAGACGAAAACUUAAUAGUUAUCGAUCCAUGAUACUGCUUAAGUAUUUUGUAAAUCAUAUUUGGUUUUAACAAUACUUGUAUGUUUAUUUCAUAUGUUAUUUUUCAUUUUGUUAAUAAAGAAUCCUAAUUUGGAA